GGGCCCGGGGCGUCGCCAGUGGACAGUGGACACUGAAGUCUGUUGGACUGCGCCGCACCAGUCGCACACACAGCGCAGCACUCCCUUCAGCUGCAGUGGUGAACCAACCCAAACCCCUUCAAGGCCUCGCCAUGAUAGCCAAAUCAGCCGCAUCUCUGCUGGCACUGCAGGUGGUGCUGCUGCUCUUGCAAGCAGGGCGGGUUCCAGCGCACGACGGGGUAGAGCGCGACUUGCUCGGCCGGAGCGAGCGAUUGCGAAGGUUCGGGCGGCUGUCUUGGUGGUGGUUCCAGAACGAUGACGACAGCGAGGCCGAGAGGUUCAAGAAGGGAGUCGUUUUUAUGCUGUACACCCGCGAGAACCCGGACGAGCCGGAGAUGCUGGACAUCUACAACGAGGACGCUCCGGCCCCGCAGCACCUGGACAACAGCCGGCCCACCAAGAUUGCGACUCACGGCUGGCUCGCCGACAACCAGAGCUUCGACAUCAUUCGCAAAGCGCUGCUCGCCACGACGGACGUCAACUACAUCGCCGUCAAGUGGUCGGACUGCGACACCUACUUCUACCCGCUGUCGGAGCGCCACGUCCCCCUCGUGGGCGAGCGCGUCGCCAUGCUGCUCGACUUCCUGCGCGACAAGCACGACGUGCCCGCCGAGUCGCUGCACCUCAUCGGCCACAGCCUGGGCGCGCACAUCACCGGCAUGGCGGCCAGGAUGAUGAAGUCGGGCACCGUGGCCAGGAUCACAGGACUCGACCCGGCCGGGCCGCUCAUCCCGGGCAACGAGACGCAGCGCCUGGACAAGUCGGACGCGCUGUUCGUGGACGUGAUCCACACGUGCGCCAACGUGCUGGGCUACCGGGACGCCAUCGGCCACGUCGACUUCUACCCCAACGGCGGCACGUGCAUCCAGCCCGGAUGCGUGAUCGCCGACAUUACACAGGGCACCUGCAGCCACGGACGCGGGCUCGUGUUCCUGGAGGAGUCCAUCUACAACAGGACGGCGUUCAAGGCCUUCCCCUGCGCCGGCGCCGACAGCACGGUGAACAAGACGGACCCCGGGCAGAGCAUCGUCAUGGGGCUGGACACGCCCUCCAACGCGGCGGGCUCGUACUGUCUCACCACCCGGGACGAGGCUCCGUUCGCCAUCCCCGAGGACGAGCAGCUUCAGCUCAGUCUGCACAGCAGCAGCAGCAGCAGCAGCAGCAGCGACGAAUUGGCCAACGAGUUGCGGCCCCACAGUCGCUUCCCCGGCAAGGCGCUGUCGACGCGCAUCUACAGGAGCUUCAUGCGGCGAAGGCUGUCCCUGUACCGACGCAAGGGCCUCCGUCGGGAGUUCUAAGAAGCGGCGAUGCAGAAAAGCAGGCACCCACAGUUGGGAGUUAUUGAACCAACAUAAAACGUCUCUCGAGAAACAACAA